ACUCUAGAGAGCAUAAAUCAACAUAAUUGUUGGAUGGAGUAGUAUAAACGGCAUUACAUGAGAAAUGAAGGGUCUAAUUGCAAAAAGGCGAUGUUCCUUCCUCUCUCUCGUUCCCUCGUAUAUUAGGGUUUUCCACACAACCAGUUGCCAAGACGGAGCAUUUCUACCGGCUAUGUGGUUCUUCACAAACGUGCAAAUGGUUUGCCACUGUGACCAAUAUUGAAGUUUUGAAGAAUGUUUAUUUUCCUGAAGAUUUUUGGUGGAUUAUAAGCAGAGUUCAUAUCUGGUACUGCUGGUACCGGUGAAGAAUAGUACUGAAGUUUUACAAAGGAACUGCUGAUUCUUAGUAGUUGAGUUAUAGACUGAAAUGUAGAGAGUUGUCUAACUUUUUUAAGCUUUGGAUGUACAAUCCUACUGUUCACUUAUAUGUUGCAUCGUGUUGAUGUAGUAGUUAGCAGUUUGCAUCAUUGAAUGUGACUUAUUUUGGAAAUUCUCUCUUCUUCCUGUAAGUAGUGAAGUCUAUCUGGGUUGGCUACUGCUGAACUUUGUAGAUGUUGAUAGCAAGCGGAAUUGGUAUUGGCGAGUUUUAUAGAAAAUAGCUAAAACGGGGUCGCUUUGUUGUGUGGCUUCAAGGCCACAUGGAUCACAUACGGCCAAUAGGGACUGGUCAAUGGGUCCACAUGAGCCUUAUUGGCGAACUAAUACUAGCUUCUCGCCACCCCCAUCAAGAUGGGAUUUCCAAUUUCAAUCCGAUGGGCUACAAUAUGGUUCACAUGAUGGCAUCCAACUAUAUGGAUCUUCUAGAUCAUCAAACAGUAAGGAAAGUAGAAGCUGGGUGAGAGGCAACCAACUCUAUAACCAUCAUUAUUCUGCAUCUGAUGGUGCUGGGAUGUUUCUGAGUAGUUCAUCUGACCUUUCUCAGGGUCCUCAGUGGACUCCUCCAGCAAUACAGGAAAUCAGUGUCGAGGAUUUUGAAUCUGCAACAAGGAGAGCUUUUGGGCUAGCAUCCUUUAGACCUACCAUGGAGGGAACCUCGGAAUAUCUCGAUAGUGGGGGCUCUACUUCAUCCCAUUCAGAGAGUAGUGAGUCAGAACCAACAGUCAAGUCAUGCACAUCCUCUCAUUGUACCUUCUCAAGUCGUCGUUCUUUUAUGUCUAAACCAAUUCAUCCCUUGUCCCUUCCAACACAAACACCCCCUAGGGAGGAAUCUGAUCUAACAGCUGCUGGGUUGGCAGAGUUCGAUGCUGCUACUCAAAGAGAUGCCCACCGCUGGAGCAGUGCUAGCAGCAGCAUUGACUUUGCAGAUGUUUCUGAGUCAUUUGAGUCUGAAAUAUGUAGCCGAUCAUGUAAUCCCUCUGAUGGUUUUAGAUGUGGAUUGUGCGAAAGGUUUCUUUCUCAAAGAUCACCUUGGAGUUCGCGUAGGAUAGUGAGAAGUGGAGACAUGCCGGUCACAGGGGUCCUUUCUUGCCUACAUGUUUUUCAUGCCGAAUGCUUAGAGCAAACCACACCUAAGACACGCAAAAGUGAUCCUCCCUGCCCCGUUUGUGUAAGGUUAGAGGAAGAAAGUUUCUUUGACCAGCGAAGCUUUACACGAAUGAGGAAUGGACUCCCUAAGAUUAGACCAUUUUGUGAGGAAGGGCCGUCAAGGCCAUGGGGCUGUGUGCAAGUGGGAGAUUGUGUUGAGGGUGCUUUGCAUGUGCCUCCACGCAAUACUAUGCUGCUGCUUAACAGGAAUCGUGUUAAAAAGAAUCUAUCUAUGAAGGGUAAUAAUUCAAGCAAGGAAUUUCCUGGUAAGUUAAAGAAAAGUGGCUCCCAUUCUUCACAGCAAUUGAGUGGAAUAUCGGUUGAUCGGGGAGCAGUUGGGUCUUCAAAGCUGAAGAUGACAGCUGGGCCAAGUAUGAAGGGCUAAAGAAUUAUGUAGAUAGAUGGAAACAUUAAAUUUUCUCUGGAAAGCUAUCCUUCUCAAUGCUUGUAGCUUGCUUGGUUCCAGGUCAGUUUGAUGGAAUAUAUUCUUUUCUUAAAGACUGGAUAACUUUGAUCAGUUGUAUAGAUUUGAUCUAGUAGGGAACUAUGGAUUUGAAACCAAACCUUGAUGUUUCUUGGUUCACAUUUUUUUGUCUUUGGUUUCUUUGAUUGUGGAUGGAAGUUCUAAAUGCUAUUAUUUUGUUCGGGUUUGUUGUUUCUAUUCUAAAA